AUUGACCAGUUUCACCAACCUUGUAGCGUGACAAACUCUGUUCUGGUCUUGUUUGUUCUGUUCCUCAUCGAGACAGGCGGUGGUGUAAGGUCUCUUAUUGUGCAGGUGCUGCCGUAUCGCUGUGGACAAAAAUAAACAAAUCUACACGUUUUGAUAACAGCGCACUUGUAUUGCCCUUGAAGAUUUUACAGUCAUUUCUUGGUUAAUUAACAUUAAUUGACAAUUACAGCUCUUUGAAUGGUUGCUUUCGUGCGGAAUGGGUGACAAGUUUCUUAAUUGCCGGAAUACCAAACCAGAUGCAAACUAUGUUCUAAUCUGUUUUCCUUGGGCUGGAGGAGGAUCUAACUUCUAUGCACAAUGGGGAAAAAUGACUCCUGAUUUUGUUGAAGUUUGUGGAAUCACUCUCCCCGGCCGCGAGUCUCGAUUCCGGGAACCCUGUAACACAGACGCUAAACAGAUCGUACAGGAGACAUGCUCAGCUAUCUACAACAAAUACAGCACCAAAGAUCUUAUAUUUUGGGGACAUAGUAUGGGUGCACUGUUUAGUUUUGAGACAGCUCUGUUGAUGAAAAAAGAAUACAACAAGGAGCCAGUGAGGAUGUUUUGCUCUGGAAUUUCUGCACCACAUGCCCCCGAGAGGACACGCUCUGAACCUAACGUGAAAGAUAUGACUGAUGCAGAAUUUGUAGAGUUUCUGAAAAAGUUGGGUGGAACGCCUGAGCAGGUGCUAUCAGAUCCCGAGAUGAUGAAACUUUUUCUCCCCCCACUCAGAGCCGACUACAUCAUGAUGGGGGGCUUCGAUUCUCCAGUAGGGCCAGAUCCGCCCUUCUCCUGUCCUCUCCAUUUAUUCGAUGGUGAAGAUGAUGCUAAACACAAUUUAGAGGCUUGGAAGGACAUAACUUCGGGAGAGAAGACAGUUCAGUUUUUGCCUGGUGGUCACUUCUACCUCAAAGAACCGUCCAAUCAGAGUCUCCUGAUCUCGUACAUCUCCAAAAGCCUCGUUUGAUCGGUGGAAUUAUGAUAACAUUGAUUUUCUUUUUGUGCCAUAAAACAAUAAAAUUCAUAUUAAAAAUAUAAAA